AUGUCCCUCGUUGGCACUGGCCACAUUGACAAGGCCGCCAUCAUCAGCAUCGCUGGCGACAGCACGUGGGCGUCGACCGCCGGCUUCACGCUUGCCGCCAAUGAGAUGAAGGUCAUCUCCGACAUUGUCAAGGGAGACGCCGGCGCCAAGGACAAGGCCUUUGCCGAUGGUCUCUACAUUGCCGGUGACAGAUUCGUCAUGGCCCGCGCCGAGGACGGCACCAUCUACGCAAGAAAGGGACGUGACGGCAUCGCCGUCGCCAAGACCAACCAGGCCAUCCUCGUCGGCCACCACAACGAGAACCAGCAGGGUGGCAACGCAAACCAGGCGGUGCAGAAGCUGGCGGACUACCUGGUCGGUGUCAACUACUAA